AUGCAUAUCUCAAACCUCCUCCUCAUCGCCGCCCUCCCCGCCCUCUCCCUCGCCCAAUCCCUCGAUUCCCUCGCCUCAGACGUCCCAUUAUGUGCCUUAGGACCCUUAUCUAUCGCCGCGGGGGAGAACAACUGUAAUAUGGAGGCGACGUGUCUCUGCAAGGACCAGACUUUCAUUAGCUCCUUAACGAAGAAGGUGGAGGCCGCGUGCUCGAAGGCUGAUUUGGAUAAGGUGGUCACGCUUGCGACGAAUGCGUGUCAGAGUGCGGGUGUGACGGUGGAUAUUCCGGUUAAUAAUUCGACGACUAGUUCGACGGAUGCUUCGGGGUGGGGGGAGAGGUCGUCGUCGGUGAGCUGGGUGAUGAUGGUUGGAGUUCUGGGGUUGGCGACGCAGGCGGUGCUAUAG